CAUCCGGGGCAUGUGACACGCACUCGCUCUCCAUCAUGGCGGCUUCAGCUAAGAAGAAGGGAAAGAAGGGGAAGACCCUCACCCUAACUGAUUUCUUAGCCGAGGACAGUGGGGGCAAUGCUGUACCAAGUUACACCCCCUCAAAACCUACCAGCUGGGCAGAUGAGACUGAUGAUCUGGAGGGAGACGUUACUACGUCCUGGCACACGGAGGAGGAUGCGUAUCGUGCACCACCCAUUGAUCGCUCCAUCCUGCCUACAGCGCCCCGCGCUGCCCGCGAACCCAAUGUAGACCGCUCACGUCUGCCGCGUUGCCCUCCAUACACGGCCUUCCUGGGCAACCUGCCCUAUGAUGUGACAGAAGACUCCAUUAAGAGCUUUUUCCACGGACUCAGUAUAAGUGCAGUGCGUCUCCCACGAGAACCCAGUAACCCGGAGCGACUGAAGGGCUUUGGCUAUGCAGAGUUUGACGAUGUGGAGUCUCUGCUACGUGCACUUAGUCUCAAUGAGGAGAACUUGGGGAAUCGUCGCAUUCGUGUUGAUAUUGCAGAUCAAUCCAACGAGAAAGAGAGGGACGACCGUUCAAUGUCAGGUCGAGACCGUAAUCGUAGCAUUGACAUGGGACCAGACAAAACUGACUCAGACUGGCGAGCCCGGCCAAGUGCCGACGCGGAUGAAGGGCCACGCAGGGACGAUGCCUAUGGAGAAAGAUCCCGAGAUCGCUACGACUCUGACAGGUACCGCGAUGGCCCUCGUCGGGACACUGAGCGCUACGACAGUGGCAGAGACCGAUACCGCGAACGCUAUGAUGACCGGGACCGCAGAGACUUUGAUAGAGGUUUUGACUCUCGUGGUGGAGGGCGUCGUCCAUUCGGCAGUGGCUUCCGGCGUGACUAUGACGACCGGCGGGAUGACUAUCGUGGCAGUGGAGAUCGGUAUGGAGAUCGCUAUGGGGAUCGCUAUGGUGACCGUGAUGACAGAUAUGAGAGACGGGACGAGAGACGCGACGAGAGACGCGAGGACCGAGGCCCUACUCAAAGGCCCAAGUUAAACCUGAAGCCACGUAGUGUUCCAAAGGAGGAGGACAAGAGCAGCGCCCCUUCUGCCACCUCUGGUCGAUCAGCUUCCAUCUUCGGAGGAGCCAAACCAGUCGAUACAGCUGCUAAGGAGCGGGAGGUGGAGGAGAGACUGAAGAAAGAGCAGGAAAGGCUGCAGAGACAGCUGGAAGAGGACAAGGGAAGAGGACCUGAGCGCAAGCCCAGGGAGAGGCAUCCCAGUUGGCGAAGUGAGGACCAAGCAACAGAACGCUCACGAACAGGAAGCGAGUCAUCACAACCAGGAACCACCACCAGCAGAGGCUCAAGACGCAGAGAAAGUGAGCGUUCCUUGGAGAACGAGGUUUUCAGUGGGCGUGAGGAUGAGCCACCUUCUCCAGGGAGCCAAUCCUCAUCAUCCAAGCAGGAUGGGCUCCCCCUGAAAGUGGUCCCAGCUCCGCCCCCUAAAGAGAAUGCCUGGGCGAAGAGAAGUGCCAUGAGCAGUGGCUCUUCUGAUCAUGAGGUGAAAUCCGGUCCUUCCAAAAGCUCUACAAGCUCGGGUGAUGAGAGAGUUCCCCAAAAAGUCAAAGAUGAGAAUAGAGAAGAUCAUCCACGUCGGGGCCGUGGGGGGGCUACAGCUCUGACAGCAGGGAAAGACCGGCGCAAAGAGACAGACAGAAAGGACGUCAGAAGAGAGCGAGAUCUCAGACCAGCACCAGGGCCAAAGAAAUAUGAGGAACCUCCUAGUCCUAAGUUCAGCUCAGCCAGUAAAUACGCAGCCUUACUAAUGGAUGGCGAGCAGGGAGACGACACUGAGGAAAACGGAGAAUGAGGGAUUUGCUGCAGGAACAUCGGUCAAAAAUGAAUUAUGAAUUAAUUCUCCAGCUUUUCCUUGCAUCAGUGAAGGACCCAGCUCUGCUCCCUUGACGCAUAUACUUGGAGAAGCAGUAAAAUUACAUGGCAAUCUCUUAUAACCACCUUCUGGGACUGAGUGGAAGCAAAUGGUGAAAAUAAAUAUCAGCCUCCUAUUAAAAUAAGGGUAUUUGGGAAGUUGGCUAAGAUAAUUAUAACUAAUAAUAAUUAAAAAAAAAAAAGCCUGAGGUUUAAAAUGAGCGAAUGUGAUCCCCUUGUUGCAGCUGAUCCAGUAUACAUUACACACGUUUCUAGCACUAGUUUAUGAAAGCAGGGCAUGACACAAGGUAGGUCAUAGCAAAGGCGAGUGUCUUGUUGCUUUUCAGGGUUUACGCUUUUAUUAUUAUUAUUUUUUUUUCUUACUGAUAGGACAGCUGAACCUGUGCUUCUAGAGACAUUGGGACCUGCAUGAUCAGAUCAGCAUUUUAUCUUGCAAAAUCAUGUCUUAAAGCAUAUAAUAUGGGACUUACUAACUGGGAGAAAGAAAGCAAAUCAUUUUCCACGCCACAUAUCAGUUUAAUCGCUUCCAUUAUUGCACUUUCCCCCAAUAAAGUUUAAUUAAAAUUAUUUUAUCAUGCAGACCCAUUCUCCAUGGACAAGAUUAUAGAGCUACCUCUGUGGCCGGCUGUGCCCUCAGAACGAAUAUUUUCUAUGUAAAAUUAUUAAAAGCUAGUUAGUCAUUUACAAAGUGCUGCCCCUUAAUCAAGUUCUUUUAAACAUUGGUGACAAAUUGCUUUUUGAAUCAACCAGUGCAGUUUGUGUGCAUUCUGAAUAAAGGUUUUAAUAAAAAUG